CUUGGCGGCGGCAGCAGAGGCACCAUGGCCGACGACAGCCGCCCUGCCGAGGCGCCCAGCCCACGGGGCUCCCCGGGUCGGGCGCCGCGGGUCCCGCGCGCGGUCGGGCCGGGAAGCGGGGCCAGCUGCGGGGAGACCCCUAGGACGCCGGCGCUGGCGCUGCGCUUCGACAAGCCCAUCAAGCAGGCCUUCUACAAUACGGGGGCCGUGCUGUUCGUGUGCCUGUGCUGCGGCGCCGCCGUGCUCGUCUACUUCAUCCUGGAGGCCUUCCUGCGGCCACUGCUGUGGGCCGUGCUGUGCGGCACCUUCCUGCACCCCUUCAAGAGCUCGCUGACGCGCCUGGGCCGCCACUGGCUGCAGCGCCUGCACCGCGCGCACACGCCCAUCGUGCUGGCCGCGCUGCUGCUGCCGCUCUGCUUCGCGGACUACGGCGUUGAGGCCCUGGGCGAGCAGGCGCUGCGCCGCCGCCGCCUGCUGCUGCUGCUGGGCGCCGGCGGCCCGCUCCUCUACGGCCUCUACUGCCUCGGCAGCUACCUGGGCGUGCAGGUGCUGCUGGCGCACGCCGGCGCACUCAUCUGCCGCGGGCUGGACUACUUCAGCAGCCUGUGGAUCUGGACACUGGUAGUUGGCUAUGUGUUGGCUGUCUCAUUCAAGUGGAAUGCAAGCACUGAACGCUACUUGAGAGCAGUUUCAAUUCCUGUCUGGAUUAUAUUGCUUUUUCAUUUAGCAUCCCUGGCGGGCUCAUGGAGAAUUCCAGUAUUCCUGGUUAUUGUUUUCCUGAUGUCUGUGGGCACCCUCUAUGAAAAACAGAAUGGAAAAGAGUCUUCUGGAGCGGAGUUACCAGGGCAGGUUAUCUCCAUGGCAGCUUCUACUCUGGCAACCUUGGCCAUCUCCAUCACCGGGUAUGAAUCAAGUGCCGAUGACCAGCCCUCCGACCAGCCUGCAGAAACCAUGGACACAGGAGAACCGCCCGCACCACUGUCCUCAUCUCCUUCACCUUCUUCCCCCUCCCCUACUCUGGGUAGACAGAGGGCUGAAAUGGGAACAUUUCUCAGGAAGAAGAAAACCAGUGACAUCUACUUCGUGUCGCUCGUGUGGGCCAUCGUUGGUGUCCAGCUCUGGUUGAACCUGUGGAUUGUACAGUUGCUGCCGGUGCCUGUUGCAGUCUGGAUCCUCAAAAAGCUUGUCAUUCACUUUGGAGUCGUGGACUUCCUGGCGAAACGCUGCCGCGUGUGGUGGCAGGUGGCUGAGCACUUCCUCAAGGAGCGGCAGGAGGCUCUCGCACCAUGGCCGGUUAUUGGGCUUGGAAAAUUCUUGUUAAAAGUUGAUAGCAAGCUCUGGCACUGGCUAAAUAAGAAGAUGAUCAUCUGGUUGGAGAAGAUGUUAGACAAAAUAAUUAGCAUUUUCAUCAUAUUUUUAUUAGUGAUAGGAACCCUUCUUUUAGCCCUACUCCUGACUGCAAAGGUGCAUCAAGAGAGUGUGCACAUGAUUGAAGUCACAAGCAAUUUGAUUAAUGAGACUCUAGCAAAUCACCCUGAGUGGGCAAAUUGGCUUCCUGAAGCUCAGGUAGUCCAAAGAGCCCUCAAUUCUGCGGCUAACAACGUGUAUCAGUAUGGAAGAGAGUGGAUAACCCACAAGCUUCAUAAAAUUCUGGGAGAUAAGGUGAACAAUACUGCUGUAAUUGAAAAGCAAGUACUAGAACUUUGGGACAGAUUGUAUCAUUCUUGGUUUGUAAAGAAUGUAACGCAUUCUGGAAGGCACAAAGGACACAAGAUGCAUAUAAAUCGUCAGAAUAGCUGGCUGGGAGACAUCCUGGACUGGCAGGAUAUCGCUUCCUUUGUUCACGAGAACAUUGAGACAUUUCUUUCGAUCUUAGAGUCUCUGUGGAUUGUCAUGAGCCGGAACGUGAGCCUGCUUUUCACCACCGUCACCACCCUCCUGACCAUCCUCUUCUACAGCGGGACGGCCCUUCUCAAUUUUGUGCUAUCUCUGAUAAUUUUCCUGACCACACUAUUUUAUCUAUUAAGUUCCAGUGAUGAGUACUACAAGCCAGUGAAGUGGGUGAUAAGCCUGACACCACUAUCUCAGCCAGGUCCUUCUUCUAAUAUUAUUGGCCAGUCUGUGGAAGAAGCUAUCAGAGGGGUGUUUGAUGCUUCCCUCAAAAUGGCUGGCUUCUACGGAUUGUACACUUGGCUGACUCAUACUAUAUUUGGCAUCAAUAUUGUCUUCAUACCAUCAGCGUUAGCAGCAAUCCUCGGAGCGGUGCCAUUUCUGGGGACAUACUGGGCGGCAAUACCUGCCGUUCUAGACCUGUGGCUCACACAAGGCUUAGGGUGCAAAGCCAUCUUACUGUUGGUUUUUCAUCUCUUGCCAACAUACUUUGUAGACACUGCCAUCUACUCUGAUAUAUCAGGAGGUGGGCAUCCUUACUUGACAGGCUUGGCAGUGGCUGGUGGGGCGUACUACUUAGGCCUGGAAGGAGCGAUCAUUGGGCCCAUACUUCUCUGCAUACUCGUGGUCGCUUCCAAUAUCUACAGUGCCAUGCUAGUGAGUCCCACGAAUUCAGUGCCCACGCCAAACCAGACCCCAUGGCCUGCUCAGACUCAGCGGACUUUUCAUGAUAUUUCUGAGGAUCUGAAAUCUUCAGUAGACUGACAUGGUUUCCCCCGCAGUGAUUUCUGUAGGAGGCUCCGUCUUGAUAGUGAGUUCAGCUCAGCUGUGGCCUUCUGUCCUUUCAUCCGUGCCUAGCAAGCAGAGCCCGGAAAAGAAGCAGAACCCUCCUGGCCUUCCCUACAGAAUGCCUGGACAAGAGAGAGCUCGCUGUGGGGUGCUUUCCAUUUUAAAGCACGGCUUUAGAGCUCAGAAUUGUGGUUUGCUCACUUAAUUGUUGCUAGGAUGGCUUGAAGAGUUUCGAUGUAUACACUGGUACCAUGGCUUGAAGUUUCCCACUUUGGUUAUCUAUAUUAUUAUAAUAUGUAUUUAUAAAGUUAUUUCAAGAGCCCUAAACUACCUGCUGUUAAAAGUAGUUACAGUGUAAUUUUCUCCUGCUUUAAGGAAUCUGUUCUUAAACUUUUCUAUGGUCGUCACUUUUUAAUGAAGAGGGUUUUCACUUUUGAAUUUGCAGUUUCUUGAGCAGGAAAAAGGAGUCGUCUUCCCUUCUUCCACCGUGUAUGGUCCCCUUUGUAAGAAAGAACAAAUCUUAAGUGUAAGACGGGGUGGCUUAUUUGAAUGUCAGUUAGUUGUGUGUUACAGCCAUAGGAGACACAGAAAGACUGUCUCCCCCCCCCCCCCCCGCCUUUCUCUUCCUUCCAUCCGCCAUUACACUAUGACCAACUUUCUAAAACUUGGUUGACCACUUUGAAGUAAAAUACUGAUUAAGCUGCUAUUAAUGGUAACAGUAUGACAGAAUUCACGUUGUGGUUCAGUUUUUCUUUCCAGAUACUUUAAGUGAAAAAUCUCAGGAGUAGCAGUUCUCUGAGUUGUUGAAUGUAUCCCUGUUUGCUUAUUUGAAAUUCUGCCAAUUAGUUACUUAUUAGCAGUAGAAUGUUACAUUUAUGUAGUAUUUUUCCAUCACUUAGCACAGUGCCUUGCACAUAAGACUCUAGAUGAAGGCUUGUUGAAUUAUGACUUUUUUAAGUAUCUCAGAUAUCACAAUAACCAGCAUAGCGCUUUACAUCUUACAAGUCGUUUUGCGCAUAUUUUUUCACAGCAACUCCCCAUCAGCUUUCAUGUAGCUUUAUAUUAUUUUAGAACUGUUUCAUACAGAUGGGGAAACUAAGGUUCAGAAAAAUUUAGUAAGAUUUUUACCUCAAAUCUUUCUGACUUAAUAGUCUGCGGACCGUGCUGUACUGUAACAUUUCUUCCAGUAUCUUCCACAGUUUUCCUAGUGUUUGUCCUACAGUUAAUGACAAGGCUGGGACUGGAACCUAGCUCUUAGCUCUGUGCCCUUUCCACUGUAUAAUGCAAUCAUUAGGCUCUUUAUCUGUCCCCAAGGGAAUAUGGAGGAGAAAGGGUUCCUAAGUAUCAAAGACCUCCCUUUGGAAAACGAAGGUAGAAGUCUUUUUUUUUUUUUUUUUCUCUAAAACAUUGUCUCCCUAAAGCAUAGUUAAUAAUAAUUAGCUUAAAUUUAUUGUGAUAUUACUUAAGAAAUUAGGUCCAUCUAGGAAAGAGGCUACUGUGAGGGCUUGACUUUAUACAGUAGACUACAUGCAGGUCUCUUAUUUUGGCUGUCACAAUCUGAUGUUACACCGAGUGUUCCUUUGGCCACUAACUGACUUCUGCUUUUCUUCAGUCAUUUGUUCAGGAAAACUUGUCAAGAGUUUGCCAGCUCUGGUUCCCAUGCCAAGUACUGUACAGGGUGCCACAGGCAAUCAUAAGAAGCUCUUCUCUCACCUUGAAUCUUGGCCACAUCAUGUGCAUUACUAAAAUUAAAAUUUUUGCAUUAAAAGGCUUAAAGAAAUCAUAUUUGUUUUUUUUUAAUUGUAUGCUGGUUAAGUUUAUAGCUAUAGUUGGCACAUAGUCAAAAGAGAGAAGUAUUAUAUACACAGUGAGUUUCGUCUGCAUAUACAAAUUAUGUUCCUCUAAAGUGUUUUUAGCUGUAUGAAGUGUUACUGAAAAAACUAACCUCGAGCUAAUGUAUGGCUGUGGCUGGUCAUAAUUACUGGUAUAAAUACCAGGAUCAUAGAAGGGAACUUAGAGCCCUAAGACAAGAUUUUAGAGCUGCCAAAAUUGACAAUGACAUUGUAUCACCUGAAAUAUCAGGAGCAGAGGUACCCCCAGAGUGCUACACAGUCCUCAUCAGGAGACUGGAACUGCCCCAGUGCUCCAGCGACCGCGUAAUGACUCAGAAAGUCAGCCAGCUCUGGGACGUCUUCCUGGAACCCC